UCUAUUCCCUCCCAUUGGUUGGCACCGCCUCCUCUCUCCCUCCCUAUUGGUUGUUUCCAAACGCCCGGUAUCCGGGUAAGAUGGCGGCGGCAGAACAGUGCUUGCUGUCUGCUCAGUGGCGUCCGGUUUCCUUGACACACGUAGAAUACCCCGCAGGAGAUAUUUACGGGCAGCUGUUGGCUUACCUCAGCUUAGGUCCAGUUUUCAUCCUUGUCAGUUUUCUAACGCUGAUUAUAUUCAAGAGGGAGCUUCACACGAUUUCCUUCCUGCUGGGCUUGGUGGUUAAUGAAGGUGUUAACUGGUUAAUAAAGAAUAUUGUCAGAGAGCCACGACCAUGUGAAGGGACCCAUGCAACAGUGACCACAGAAUAUGGUCUCCCUUCCAGCCAUUCCCAGUUCAUGUGGUUUUUCUCAGUGUACUCAUUCCUCUUCCUGUACUUAAGGAUGCAUCAAACAAACAAUGCCCGUUUCCUGGACCUUCUCUGGCGGCAUGUGCUGUCACUGUGCCUUCUGAUGGCGGCAUUCCUGGUGUCGUAUAGUAGAGUAUAUCUUGUUUAUCACAGCUGGAGUCAGGUGGUCUAUGGUGGUGUGGCGGGGGGUGUCUUGGCCAUUGUCUGGUUUGUUAUUACACAAGAGAUUCUGACGCCUCUGUUCCCAAGGAUCGCAGCAUGGCCGAUUUCUGAAUUCUUCCUUAUCCGAGACACCAGUCUAAUCCCCAACAUCUUAUGGUUUGAGUACACAGUUACCCGAGCAGAAGCCAGAAACAGACAACGCAAAUUGGGCACCAAACUUCAGUGAGCCGGCCUCGAAACGAAGAAACCGGGAGGGGUGUCGGCAGUUAGGAUCCACUAAAUCAUGGCCGCUGGAAGGAACUGAAGUCAGCACUGCCCAGGUUGCAGCGAGGAAACCUUUUAAACUGAGGGACCAAAUAGUUUAAAGCAAGACUUUUUUUGCGGUGACUUGCCUUGUCUGUGUGUUGCACACAGCUCUUCUGCAUGGCAGUGCGGGGGUGGGGGGGUCUUACGGCUCUCACGUGCACGCUAUCUAAUGAACCUUCUCCAAAUACGCAACUCAGGAGAGAGGCAGCUGUUAUACCCUUUUUCCAUUUAUUUUUUCCAAAGUGCAAAUUCUACCCCAAGACCUUUUUUUUAAUGCAUGGAAACCCACUUUUUAUUUAAUUUAACUUUUUUAAAGUAAAGAGAAGAAAAAAACUAACUGAAAUAGGUCGGGGGUUUAGAAAGGGGAAUAAUUAUGCAUUUUCUACAGCGUUUGGAUGGCUUCUGCCGCUUCGGACCCAACCUGCUCGAUAGAAGACAGUUCAUUCGUCGUGACCGACACUGCAGCGUUCUUAUGACAAGGGCCUAGCUUAGUAGCCGCCAAAUAACACUGCCCGCUAGGGGCAUUCGCUAUGUUCUCUGUGGUGCCUAUUGCUGAUCGGUUGAGGGAUUUCAGGCUGAAAGCCAUUCAGGUUGCAUUUUGUCGAAGGGCUCAUAAGAGAGAGGACUACGACUUACACUUUUAACACUAGUGAUUUUUUUUUUUUUUUUUUGAUGCGUCUGAUAAAAGGGCGAAAUGGAGUAAAACGUCAGGGCUUCUGUUUCAUCACUUCAUAGCAGCUCAAGCACUGUCCUGGACAACGUCUGCCACGGCCACUUAACCAACCAUACACAAUACUUGCCUAGGAAUGAAUGGUGAUUUUUCUAUACCCAUCUCUGGUGCUGCCCCCACAUACAGUCCACGUGGUCAUAUGUAUUCCUUAGUGCAAGGAACUUCCAGCCCUCCCCGAACUCCAUCUUCCAGUCUGUGGGUGUUCCAGAGGAUGGUGGGAGCUGUAGUUCUAACUGGCAUUUUGCGGAUUGAAAAAACCUUUAAAGUAUCGCAUGAGUUAAUGUAAAACAGACUUGCAUUUAAUUGUCCUUUUCCUCCUCACCAAUGAAGUCCGACGUUGUUACAGCUGUGUUUUCUUUCAAGUUAGUUGUAAAACACAAUAAAAUCUUUUCAGAUGGUU